UCUCCGCUCCGGACGCAGCGCUGGGGGGAAAAUGCUGCUCUCCGUGCCGCCGAGGACGGGAAUCAAUCCGUACAACGGCUACAACGGCAGAAACAGCAAGAAGCAGUCCUAUGUAUCCUCCAGCCACCAGAUGGCACCCCCCAGUCCCAACACCAACAGUAGCAGCGCUAGCAGUGCAGGGGGAGGGGAACAGCUGAGCAAAACUAAUCUCUACAUUCGGGGCCUCCAUCCAGGGACCACCGACCAGGACCUGGUCAAGCUCUGUCAGCCGUAUGGCAAGAUUGUGUCCACCAAGGCCAUUCUGGACAAAACUACCAACAAGUGCAAAGGCUAUGGAUUUGUCGACUUUGACAGUCCAGCAGCAGCACAGAAAGCUGUAACUGCCCUGAAGUCCAGUGGAGUCCAAGCUCAAAUGGCCAAACAACAGGAACAGGACCCCACUAACCUGUACAUCUCCAAUCUGCCGGUGUCGAUGGACGAGCAGGAGCUGGAGGCUAUGCUGAAGUCCUUUGGCCAGGUCAUUUCUACACGCAUCCUUCGCGAUGCUAAUGGGACCAGCCGAGGCGUGGGCUUCGCACGGAUGGAAUCCACAGAAAAAUGCGAAGCCAUCAUUCAACAUUUUAAUGGCAAAUAUAUCAAAACUCCUCCAGGAGUGCCAGUGCCGACAGAACCCUUGUUAUGCAAGUUUGCUGACGGCGGACAAAAGAAGCGGCAGAACCAGGGAAAGUACCUACAGAACGGCCGGCCCUGGGCAAGAGACGCUGACACGGGAGGAAUGACACUAACAUAUGACCCAGCUGCCUUACAGAACGGGUUUUAUUCGUCUCCCUACAGCAUCGCUCCCAACAGAAUGAUCGCUCAGACCUCUCUGUCCCCAUACAUGCCCUCUCAAGUCCCGUCCUACCAGGUGCACAGUCCCUCCUGGAUGCAUCAUCAGUCGUACCUCAUGCAGCCAACAGGGACCGUUUUGACCCCAGCUAUGGACCACACCAUGUCCAUCCAGCCCACCUCUAUGAUGGGCCCCCUCACCCAGCAGCUCAGUCACCUGUCGCUGGGGAGCGCUGGCACGUACAUGCCUGCAAACACAACUAUGCAAGGGACUUACAUCCCACAGUACACCCCAGUGCCUCCCUCUAGUGUCACAGUAGAGGAAAACAGUGGACAACAACAACAGGUUUCCAUGGAUACACCUGCAGAACACACAAAUUACUCCUACCAGCAUAGCAAAUGAAGCUAAGGAUGUGGAGUGAUUGGUACUUGUUGCCGUGGACGACAGAAAUCUCACCGGGAGAUGUGCAGUUUCCACUGACGAGCAGUACCAGAGACAUACACGGAUAACAAAAGGAACACGUGUCUUUUUUUUGUAGAAUAGAAAGAUUUAAAAAAGGACAUCACUCAUCUUUCGCUUGGCUCUUCAAGAGUCGCUCAACCAAAGGUGGGGGAUUUUAGAGAAGGAGCUUUGAUUUAUUUUGAUAACAAAACAGAAAAAAAAACUAAAAACAACAAUGAUAAUUCAUAAAAGGGUAAAAGAGAGACACAGUGUGUUAUCUUUGUGCACGUAACAGCAAAUUCUUAUUUUUUAAGAAAUAUUUCUGGAGUAGCGGCGGAGCUGAGCAAAGAGAAAGUUCCAACACAGUGUGUCUUUUAUUAUUUUCUCUCUUUCUUUUGUUUGUUUUGUAAAAUAUGCAAGCAUUUUUUCUAUUUUUAUUCUUUUUUUUCAAUCAGCAGCAGUAAGAUUUUUUUGUACAGAUUCAGAUUCGAUCAGUGAGUUUUAUUUGUCGUAAUUUUGGAUUUGAUGUGUUUAGCCACGUGUUAGGAGUAAACCUUUUAAAGCCACUUCUUCAUCUCACGCCAUCGGAAAAAAAAAUAAGGAAAAAAUGAGAUUAUAUCUUACUGUAAGUCUAGUAUCUACAUUUUAUUUAUUCUCUUUUUUAAAAAAAUGCAACCGACAAUCAUAAUUUUAUUAUUUAUUUGUUGGAAUUUGGUCUGUUUUAGUACAUAGUGAUGUAGAAUUGCUUAAAUUUACCGAAACGUUCUGAGAAGGCGAGAACUGUGGGCACCGAAUCUUCAGGAUAUCUGUUCGCCAAAAAGUGGAGGAAAAAGUCUGAUGUGAGCUCAAUUUAUAGAAAAAUGUAAUAUUUCUAUAUCUAGAAUUGUUAACAUUUCAAUAGAAAAUGUUGACAUUUCUGUGUACAGAAAUAUAAAAUAUAGGCUGACUAAAUUAAUGUAAAAAAUUGCAUUGAGUAUAUCAUCACUAGUUACAUAUAUUUCGCUUUAGCUCAUGUCACAUAUAUUCUAGUCAUAAUCACUUGUCAGUAGGGUUGGUAAGUUUGUGAGUAAAGGCUGAAUUAUAUUUCUGCUUCUGAAAAAGUCUGCAGGCAUUGUGCACAGUGUCCAAACCAGAAUGCACAGAAAUUGAAUGGUGAAGAAGUGGGAGUGUAAAGAAUGAAUACAAGCAGCAAAGUAUUUGAUGUGCUACAGUAGAAUUGAGCUUUUUACUCUAAGAUUAUGAGUCAUUUGAGCUCCUAGGUCCUCAAACUGCUCCGUUCUGUUUUUUGUGCAGGUUCUGGUUCAGGUUAAGCAUUGUUUAUUUAAGCACUCAUCCCACCUGCAAGUCGGCACAGCCAUCCUUGUGGAGAGGUGUGAAUUGUUUUUCACAGCAGGGGUUCUCACCCCUCCCCUUUCACCCCUCAUUGCUCGCUAGCAGCUCAACAGUUAACACAGAGAGUCUUAGUUCAUCUGAUAACAGAGUUACAGAGAAGCAAUAUUCUAUUUAGUUAUGACACUAAGGCCCAAUCCCAUUUCACCCCUCACCCCUACCACUUAGAUCUAUCCCUUGAUUUUGCAGGUUCACGCCUAGGGGUAGGGCUAGGAAGUGUUAGGAGGUUUUUCAGAGACGCACUCCAAACAAAGUGUUAAGAGAAAAAAAAACAGCAAGUUGGCUGCGCAAGUGACCAAAGAAACGCACAUAUGUGAGAUUUUUUUUCCAUUAAAAAGUUACGAUAACCAGUGUAUUAUUCAAUGUAUAUAUCUUCAUAACAAGCAUAAAAAAACGCUAAUAGUAUGCUAACGUCUCAGUAGCCAGCUAGCUAAAUUUCCCGUUCCGCCUUAAAUAGUCCAGCGGUUCUGUCGCCUGAAGCGCCAGAAUGUAACUGCUGCUCUGUUUAAGGUGGAGCGGGAAAAUUUGAACAAGAAGCUGGCGAAUAGCUGACUUCAGCUUCGUAUCACUGAAUCAUUAGGGGUGGGUAGUAAUGGGUAGUAAUAAAUAAUUGUCGUAUCCCCCUCUUUGAAGGAAUAUGAUUCCCUAAAUGUAAGUAAAGCCCAGCAGGGAGGUAGCUGAGCUUUACCCUCCUCUGCUAUCACUGCAGACAGGCAGGGUCGCCUACAGAGCACCGCUAGUAGUCUGUUAAUGAAGUAAUGUUCUUUUUUAUUUGAGGGUUGUCACAUUUUAUAGGGGAAGAUUUCAACCACUACCCCUUAUAACUCAGUUCUAAGGGACAGGGUGACCCUCGAAAACCCCUCGGGUAGGGGUAAAAAUAAGAAAUGGGUUUGGGCCUUAACCUAUCGAAUCGAUUUUCAUUCUGUUGGUGUAAUGACCUCUACGGGGUGUAUAUCUGCACACUGUUGAUGUCACCAAAGUGCUGCAGGGCUUAGGGUGUGUUCUCCCCAGAGUAUUUUCCCCAGGACUUCUUCACAGAAGUAUAAAUCAGCCUUAAGGCCGUUCCACACUGAACACAAAUGGCAUGCAAAUGUGAGAUAUUCAGACCUUUCCACAUCAGAACUAUAGACACGGACAGGUUUUUAAAAUGAUUUCACUGUGUUCUUGCUAGAAAAAUCUAUCAAAAACAUCAUGAAACAUGCAGGCUGUGGUGCGGUGCAGGAUGCUUUCAACUUUGGAAAAGCGAAAGGAGAGCAGACAGUGAAAAACAAAAAUGAAAAAGCACUGCAGACGUCACAAAAAUGAAGCAAAAAGACGUGCUCCUGGGGCAGCAGACUCCAAGUAACAUUUGCAUAUUGGAAGUGGCAAAAACCAAAAAAUCCAUCCGCAUCCACAAGGCAUGAAAAAGACGAAAGAGGCGGUGUUGUAGGCGGUGGCGGUCUGUGGGCCCAUUUAAUACUUUGCGACAUGUGGACAGAGAAUUUCUUUUAAUUAAUUUACCAGUGAGAGAAACUGACAUUGUGUUUCACGUGAAGUAUUGGCUGCAUUGAUUGUUCUGCCCCGUUUCGUCUGUAUCUGUAAGCAUUCGGAGAACGUGUACAAAUACAGACAAAAUGACUGCAAAGUACAGACAAAGGGCUCCGUCCUUACUUGUAUCCAUGUUUAACAUUGAGCAUAAAUGAGUCUUUAGAAAUUGGUUUAUCAUUUUCUGAAGUAAUCUCAAGAGGAAAGUAAAUCCCAGAGCAAAGAAAUUCCCAGGUUCACCAUCUAAGAAUCAUCAAUCGAUAUCAAUAGAAAUGUGUCCUGAUGUGAGGCCACAGCACGUCGGCACAUUUUAAUACAUAUUGCCAUGUUUUAAUAAAGGCUUUUUAAUCUUCUCUUAAAACGGCGUGCCCGGGAAUGUCUUUGCACUGAGAUCUACUUUGCACAUGUCUUGUGGAUGCGGAUGGAUUUUUGGGGUUUUUGCCACUCCUAGCAUGGAGAGCAGACAGUUUCUCCACCUUGUUCGGGAGGUGAAACUUUCUGAGCCCUUUCACUCACAGCUCAGCUGAUUUUGGAGAUGCUCCUCCACACAAGAUGUCUUGAAGUGCAAAUAAGAUCCUUCGUUGCUCACAGAGCGGACAAACGGUCACACUGAACUGCUGUCCGUUUUGUUAAAGUGAAAACCAUGUCUUUAUUCAGAAGCUGAUGAGUGCUUCCACAUUUAGUGAUGUUUGUAGCUCUUUGCUUUUGGAGAUUCUGCGAUGAUCGAACAGAGCGCAAGUAAGAUAAUGUAUCAUUUUCACUGAAUAAUCUUGCUUGGUGUGCAAGAUUGCACAAAUAAGUCUCGCAUUUACAUGAGUGUAUCAUUUUAGAGAAAAGUCUAAUGAGCUCCUUCUGCUAAUAGAUUACUUCCUUUUUCCACUUGCACUGUGAUUUUUGCUUGAAUUAGUUUGACUGGCCAUUUGUGAAGAAGUGACUUUAAGUGGUGUUAGUUGAAUAGUCGCCCCAAAUAUCUUCUAAAAGGUUCUGAUAAUGUUAUGACGAGGCCUUCGCAUCACCUGUCUAGCACCAUCAUAGUGUUAUAAUGAACUGCGUGUGAUGACUGUUUGAGGCGCUUGUUUGAGUUGGCUCAGGCUUAUCGCGAUGUUAGAGUGUGCACGAGGCUAAAACAGCCUCCUCAGGUGAUGCUACCUGUGUACAUUAGAGAAAAAGUAUGUUUAAGAUUUUGGUGCUGGGUUCAUUCAUUAAAAGAAAAAAUCAGAUUUAGAGAUCCUUCAAAACGUUGCUGUUGAGAGGAUGUGAAAGGAUGGGAGUGUUUUUUAGUUGUUUUCUUUUUUCCUGCAGUGCUGCUGUUUCUUCUGCAUUUUUGUCCUGUCUUUUGGUGAUUUUUAUCAAGUCUAGUUUUUCUUUUCUCUUCCACUUUUAGCUGUAACGUCAUAUUUUUCGGGCAGAACUUUCAUUGAGUUUUAUUCUCUCUAUUUCUAAUAGAUAAUAAGGAUCUUCUAGAUAUAGAAAAGGAACUGCAAGGGCAGUGUUACUUCUUUUUUUCCCCUGAAUUCAUAGGAUUCGUGGUUGCAUUUGCAUGAUUUAUGCCACCCAGAAACUUCGGUUCACUUACUCCCGUUUUCCGUUUACCUUUUUAAAUUCUAUUUGACCUGCAGAACUGUGCAAAAGCAAGAAACUACCCUUCAUUUGUUGCAUUUCCAGUUAAAAAGGUCUAUUAACAUACCAGGUAUUCAUUUGUCAGCAUCAACAGAAGCAUAAAACAAAAAAA